GAGCGCUCGAGGCGCGGAGGGAGCGGGGUCGGGAGCGCGAGCCUACCUGCAGCCGCCGCCCACGGACGGGCAGCCACCAUGGCGCUUGUGCUGCUCGUGGCACUCCUGUGCGGAGUGGCGGAUUUCACCAGAAGCUUGAGUAUCAUUAAUCCUGAACAGAUGAUCGAAAAAGCCAAAGGAGAAACUGCUUAUCUGCCAUGCAAGUUUACCCUUAGUCCCGAAGACCAGGGACCGCUGGACAUUGAAUGGCUGCUGUCACCAGCUGACAAUCAGAAGCCAGAUCAAGUGAUUAUUUUAUAUUCUGGAGACAAAGUUUAUGUAGACUACUAUCAAGAUCUGAAAGGACGAGUACAUUUUAUUAGUAAUGAUAUCACGUCUGGUGAUGCAUCAAUAAAUGUAACAAAUUUACAGUUAUCAGAUGUCGGCAUUUAUCAGUGCAAAGUGAAAAAAGCUCCUGGUGUUUCAAGUAAGAAGGUUCAACUAACAGUUCUUGUUAAGCCUACAGGUACAAGAUGCUCCAUUGACGGGUCAGAAGAAAUUGGAAAUGACUUUAAAUUAAAAUGCGAACCAAAAGAAGGUUCACUUCCAUUACAAUAUGAAUGGCAAAAACUGUCUGACUCACAGAAAAUGCCCGACUCAUGGUUACCAGAAAUGACUUCACCGGUUAUAUCUGUAAAAAAUGCCACUACUGAGUUGUCCGGGACAUACAGUUGUACAGUCAGAAACCGGGUGGGUUCUGAUCAGUGCCUGCUGCGCCUAGAUGUUGUUCCUCCUUCCAAUAGAGCUGGGACAAUUGCAGGAGCGAUCAUAGGAACUUUGCUUGCUCUGGUGCUCAUUGGUUGUAUCGUCUUUUGCUGUCACAAAAAGCGCAGAGAAGAAAAAUAUGAAAAGGAAGUCCAUCAUGAUAUCAGGGAAGAUGUACCACCUCCCAAGAGUCGUACCUCCACUGCUAGAAGCUACAUUGGCAGCAAUCAUUCAUCCCUGGGAUCCAUGUCUCCUUCUAACAUGGAAGGAUAUUCCAAGACUCAGUAUAACCAGGUCCCAAGUGAAGACUUUGAACGUGCUCCUCAGAGCCCAACUCUCCCACCUGCCAAGUUCAUGCCCACUUACAAGACUGAUGAGAUUACAGUGGUGUAAAAAUGAAGGACUACUGAAGAAUCUGAAGUACUGUACUAUUUUAGAGUGCCAGUAAGACUUGAAACUUUUUUUUUGCACAAUGAACAAAUCAGAGAUUGCAAAUGGCUUUAUGUAAUGGUAUCAGGCAUAUGUCAGAUAUCAUAAAAAAUUAAUACAAGCCAAGUUUUCAGAAGAGUCCCAUGUACAUUGACUUUGGUAGCUGGAAGAUGUUUUAUUUUAUUUUAAUUAUAUGUAUAACCAGCUAACAUGAGCAGAUUUUACUUUUGAUAUGUAGCUUUUGGAGAUGGCAAGGUUAAUAAAAAGUUUAUUU